AUGGACGCCCUCAAGAACAUCAUCAACAAUGUCCCCGAUUGGGUGCAGCAACUCGACAAGAUGGGAGACGAGAUCGACCAACGCCAGGCCCAACUAGCUGCCUUGAGCAUCACGAGCUCUUCGAAAUCCCUCCGGAAUAAGGGCUCUACUGAAUCGCUCAAGCUCAAGGACGAAAAUGACGAUGCCGCCCCUGCACCUGUGGAUGGAGUCACUGCCGACGAACCAGAUAGCUCGCGAGCUGCCGGUGAAGCCGCGCUGCCCCACGGCGAGAAGAAGACUACACAUCCGUCGAGCCCGAGCAGUGAGACGCCCUCGGCUCUUCAGAAGCAAACCAAGGACUCGUUCGCGAAAGCACAAGCGUACGCGAGAGCGGAGGUCAAGAAGCGUGUGCGCACAGAGUCUGUCAUGUCAGAUCAGGAGGGCGGCCCGUCCAAGUACCGCAGCAAGACGCAAGUUGAGGUCUUUUACGACGAGUUUGUGGAAAAGUUCUUUGAAGAUUUGGUCAAGUUUGUAUCCGCAAGCAGAAACCUUAUGCGGAAGGCCAAGAUGGCGGCCAAGGUGGCGCACAUUCGCCGCAUGGCAGAACUCGAGGGUCCCGGCGAUGGAGACGAAGACGACUCUGGGGACCUGAAGGCGGAUACGUCCCUGAGUGCCGGCCCCACAUCCGAAGCCCUCCCGUCUCUGCGGUACAUGAGCACGCGACGCAUGGGCCCGAGAGGCGCUCACUCAUAUUCAAGAGCCGGCCAGGCCGGCGGUAUGGACGACACUCCCGGCGCCUACGACGAGCUCGACAAGAACUUGGAAUAUGUUCAAGGGACAGCCGAGCAUGCGGCUCACCAGUUUUUGCGCGACGGACAGUGCAGGGAGGAGAUUGCCAACAUCCAACGGCGUCUGGUGGAUACGAAGGAGCUGGCCGCCAAAGAGAUGGAGCGUGUAGAGAGAGAGGAACCCGAGCUUCUGAAGGCGGUCAGUGAGUCGAACAAGGUGCGGACUCUUCGACCAACGAGCAUGCGGCGGGAGCUCACGCCCGCCAAGGACAGCAACCCGCCCAUCACCCCGAGAAAAUUUGAGGUUGAUGCCAAGCUCGAGGCGGACACCAAGACGCCGACGACCAAGACGGUCGAGGUGGACAUGUCCAAGCCGCUAGAGGCGGACGACGCGCCUAUUGAGGCAGACGACGAGGGCAUCGACGACAUGGAGAUCUCGCUUCCUCCGAGGUUGAACUACCGGUCCACUCGGGCCAUGAGGGGACCACCACGCCAGUAG